UUCACUCCCGAAAUCACGGUUGCCCAAGUUCCGAGUGGUGCACAUGUUUUACUUCGAUGAAAGUGUUUUUUCUGUAAAGAAUUAAUUUAUAGUGCUGCAAAAUGGGUAAAGCGAAGAAGACCAAAGUAUCGAAAGGUGAGACGAAAAUAGGUUUGGCAGAACAAAUAGAAUCCGAUAAGACAGUGAAACCCAAGAACAGACAGAAGAUCCGGUUUCGAGCCGACGAGGAAGAGUACGUGGCGCCUGGUCUAACGAAGAAGAUUUUGACACAAGCCAGACGACAGCAGCAAGAGAUCGAGGAGGAAAUCGGUCUCAGUAUUCCAAAAGGCGUCAAGAAACCGACGCUUAAACUAGGCGCCGAUCUGAGCGACGAGGAAGAUCAACUCAGCAGCGAUGACGAACCGGUGGAGAGUGUACACUACUACGAGGACGUUCAGAUCAACGAGGAGGACGAGCGAGCAUUGGAGAUGUUCAUGUCUAGAAAUCCCGUGCCCACGAGAACGCUGGCCGACAUAAUAAUGAAGAAAUUGACAGAGAACGAGACGGAGAUGGACACGCAAUAUUCGGACAUCAGCAAUUUUCAAGUGAAAGAUCUGGAUCCGCGAGUGAAGGCAAUGUACGAGGGUGUCAGAGACAUUUUGGCGAAGUAUCGCAGCGGUAAAAUGCCGAAAGCGUUCAAAAUCGUUCCAACUCUGAAAAAUUGGGAACACAUACUUUACAUCACGGAACCGCGAAACUGGUCCGCCGCCGCGAUGUAUCAGGCCACAAGAAUAUUCGCCUCGAAUCUGAAGGAGAACAUGGCUCAGAAGUUCUACAAUCUUGUCCUGUUGCCACGCAUCAGAGACGAUCUGGCGGAAUACAAACGGCUAAACUUUCAUCUGUAUCAAGCGCUGAGAAAGGCGCUGUUCAAACCAGCAGGUUUCAUGAAGGGAAUUUUGCUGCCGCUUCUGGAAUCCGGCACGUGUUCGCUCAGAGAAGCCGUCAUUAUUGGAUCCGUAAUCGCAAAGAACUCCAUACCGAUGCUGCACUCGUCGGCUGCUAUACUGAAGAUCGCGGAGAUGGAGUACACGGGAGCGAACAGCAUCUUUCUCAGGAUAUUUCUGGAUAAGAAAUACGCGCUUCCCUACCGAGUAGUCGACGGAGUGGUGUUUCAUUUUCUCAGGUUCGAAAGAGACAAGAGAGAGUUACCGGUACUGUGGCAUCAGGCUCUUCUGACUUUUGUGCAGCGAUACAAGAGCGACAUCAGUUCCGAACAGAAGGACGCUCUGCUGGAACUGCUGAAGAAACAAUCCCAUCACACGAUCACUCCCGAGAUUAGAAGAGAAUUGCAACACGCUAAGUGUAGAGACAUAGAGAUGCCGGUAUAUUUGUAAAUAAUACAAUAAAAAAAGAAAAAAAAAAGAUUUUCUUGUUAAAGAAAAAUACAAAACUUGGGGAUGUGAUAACGCGUCGAGAGAAAUUACUCAGAAACUUGUGGUGUAAAAAUAGAUACAUACUAUAUUUGGUUUUAUCAUGUUCUCGAACUGGAGAUUUCUCUCACAAGUUAUGAUCACAUAUCUCUGUUUUGUUUUGUUUUUACAACAAUAUGGUGCGUCGCGCGACAAUACACGCAUUUAUAUACACGUUACAUUCGCAUCUGACAAGUCGUAAGAGUGUUUUUUUUUUUUUUAAAUAACACGUAAUAUACUUACACGUACAAAUAGGAAUGAAAACACUGCUCGCACGCAGUUUUAUAAACUUACUUAUUUGCACAUACUAUAGUAUUAAAUAAUUAAUAAGUAAUAGUAUUAAAAUAUUUAAAAAUUAAUAAAUUUACGAUGCUAUAGUAUUAAAACAAUAAAUACACAGCGCAACUUGAGGAAAGUAA